GGACCAGUGCUUCUGUACGCAGCUGAUACGCACGACAGAAAUGCGGAGAAAAGCAGAGAUGCGCUCCUGGGACCCUCUUCAUUGAUGGUCGUGAGCUUCCAUCACAGGCCCUGUUCUCUGGCCAGUGGAGUUAGUUCCUCACACGAACAUGGUCCGGUGAGGGAUCUGAGAGAGGGGUUUCACCGAGAAUUCUGAUAAGAAGAACAAAAUGAAGAUUUGGAGCACGGAGCAUGUUUUCAGUUACCCCUGGGAGACAGUGAUCAAGGCUGCAAUGAGAAAGUACCCCAACCCCAUGAACCCUAACGUGGUCGGGGUGGACGUGCUGGACCGCAGCCUGGACGCCGAGGGACGCCUGCACAGCCACAGACUCCUCAGCACAGAGUGGGGCCUGCCGAGCAUCGUUCGAGCGCUACUGGGAACCAACCACACACAAACCUACGUGAAGGAGCACUCCAUAGUCGACCCAGAGGAGAAAAAGAUGGAGCUGUGCUCAACAAAUAUUACUCUCACCAACCUCAUAUCAGUUGACGAGAGGCUUCUCUACAGGCCACACCCAGACAACCCUGAGGUUACCGUCCUGACCCAGGAGGCCAUCAUCACAGUCAAGGGAGUCAGUCUAAGCAGUUACCUGGAGGGGAUGAUGGCCAGGAGAAUGUCGGCCAACGCCAGGAAGGGUUGGGAUGCUAUUGAGUGGAUUAUUCAGAACUCUGAAACAGAGAACGUGCCUCUCUGACAUUUACUUAAUCUGGGCUGCAGCUCCACUGUGAGGAAUACUCUCCCUGGCUACAGCUCCUAAACCACCGGGGCUCCUCAGCAUCUUGGGAUCCUCUGCAGUUGGUACUCAGACUUUCUGGAGUUCCCCCUCACACACUGACACACACACUGACACACACACAUUCCUCCUCUCAGCUCUAGAGAACAUGCACUGGAAGCUCAAACAGACAACUGCUGCCAAAGCUCAACAGUUACGAGGAAGCGUCAUUGUGGUUGGACUCAUUAACCCAUUAACAGUCGGUCUAAUUAAAGCGACUGAGGAGACCAUCACAGUUUCUCUAAGUGUAUUUCACACUCUCCUGAUGAGUGACAACAGGUUUUAAAAGUCCUGUGUGUUGCUGUGAACGUUUAUCUUCCAGGAAGAAACGCGUCAACUUUAACAGUAACUUCACUGGUUAGAAUAUUUUAUUACCAAUGCACGUUUGCUUUGCUCUCAUGUCCUGGCUUCAGUUAGAAAGAUUAGGGUGCAGCAGCAGGGUCACGCAGAAGAUACAGUACAAUAUAAUAUGCAACAAGCUUCAUUCUUUCAUUUUACAUGACAUAUUUUUUUCUCAACCACAAGAGACUCCUAUACUAGGAGUUCAAACCAGAGACUUGUUACUGGUGCUUUAGUGUGUUUCAAAAGGCACAAACUGUAGACAAUAUGUUUGCAUGUUAGUUAUAAAAACAAGGGAAGGGAGGUAAUUAAAGAAAAUGGGCAGCUAGCUAUGAUUGCAAGAAAUGUUAUUCUUUAUGUAAGAUUUUUCUAAAAGAUGGGAAUGUACCUUUGACAUCGCCUUGUUUUUCUGCUGCGGAGGCACCAACACACAGGCACACACAUACCCUGUUUCUACCAAAGCAGUCGCUCAGAGUCAGUGCCUCAUCUCGAACCAGUUCCUUGUGUUUUGACAAAGUAAGAACUGGCUCUCGAGCAGAAAAACUGAUUUCACUCUGGCGCCAACCCUUUGCUGGUCCAGAAGAAAGAGCUGCUUGUGACAGGAGCCGGGGGCGGGAUUAUCACACCAUACAAGACCAGUACGACCAAGCACAACACCGUCACCACCAUUUUUACAAAAACAUCUUGUGUCGUGAAAUGCCUGCAAAAAAUAAAACUGAGAGUAGACGCUGUAGCCUUUUUUAAAGUUGUGCUUGAAGUUAGCGUUAGUGUUGCUGGGAAAUUCGGAGGCGUAUUGAGCGACAUAUUAAGUGACGUAGUGACAUGGCUCUGUGGUGGCUCUAGACUGUGGAAAAGCAAACUGGUUCUUAAAAGGGUCACAAGUUGAACUGAAUCCAAACCAGCCAAGCAGUAUCACCUGGUUCACCUCUGUUGGUAACAGGCAACCAGCAGAUCUUUUAAUUGGGUUAAUAAAGAAGAAGGAGAUGAGAUACAGAUUGUUCUUUAGUGGUCAGUGUAGUGAAAUGAUGGAUUAACUCACUCUGUGUGUUUUCUACCUGCAAGGCCUUAAAUCGCAGCCUGUGUGUUAUUGCCUUUACAGCAGCAGUAUCAUGUCUUUCCCAGUCUGACUCACCUCCAUAAAAGCUACCUGUUUGUCCCUGAGGGGCACGGCAGUACUGUAUGUGCAAUGCUGCAGCAGAUGCAGAUGCACACCACAACUACUUAAUGUAUGUGCUCUAUGGUUUCACUUGUUUAAAAGUAAAAUCAUAUUUACAUAACAUUUUUAAGAAGUUGUAUUAUUUAAUAAUGCUGCCUUACAAGCAGUGAAUGUUGUUUGUAUUUUCUGCCUCAUGUAAAAAAAAAGAAGUUUGAAGCUCUUGUCCUGCUGCAACAAUUAAAACCAUUGUUUGAGAACA